UUUUCCUUUUUUUUUUUUCUUUUAUUUUUUUCAUGGUAUUUUCAUGACGCUGUUAAAUGAACAAAUAAUAUUUAAAUUUGUUUAAAAACUUAUUUAUGGAUGCUCAAACUUUUGCAGUAUCAAAUUAUUAUUAUUUAAAAUAAGAAAAGAUAUGUAUUUGACAACUGCAAAAUAAAAAAAAAAAAAAUAAUAAAAAGAAACGAUAAAUAAUGGAGACGUUGAAAAUAAAAUAUAAAAAAAUCUUGAAUUUAAUAUAUAAUAAGAAUGAUGAGAAAAAAAAAAAAAAAAAAAGAAAAUGACAAAAGAUUGAUGGAAAAUGUAGGAAAAGAAGAAGAAGCAGGCAGAAACUGAACGAAAACGGGCAGAAGUGAGAGCCCGUCUUGAGGAAGCAUCAAAAGCUAAAAAAGCUAAAAAGGGUUUUAUGACCCCAGAUAGAAAAAAAAAACUCAGGUUAUUGUUACGUAAAAAAGCUGCUGAAGAAUUGAAAAAAGAACAAGAAAGAAAAGCUGCUGAGAGAAGACGUAUUAUUGAGGAACGUUGUGGCCAAGCUAAAGAUGUUGACAAUUCAAGCGAAGACGACUUGAAGGAGAUUUGCCAAGAGUAUUACGAACGCGUCUACGCGUGUGAGGGUCAGAAGUGGGAUUUGGAGCGUGAAGUACGGAAAAGGGACUAUGAGAUUGCCGAACUCAACAGUCAGGUGAAUGAUCUCCGAGGCAAAUUUAUGAAACCAGCUUUGAAAAAAGUUUCAAAAUAUGAAAAUAAAUUUGCCAAGCUUCAAAAGAAAGCAGCAGAAUUUAAUUUCAGAAAUCAACUGAAGCAAGUUAAAAAGAAGGAAUUCACUCUUGAAGAAGAAGACAAAGAGAAUCCUUCGAAAGAUAAGAAAAAACCAGAUUGGUCGAAAAAAGGAGAUGAUAAAAAGGUACCAGAACCAAUACCUGAACCAACACCACCAACUCCAGAUAUAUCUGAAAUAUCACCAACACCAACAUCAACAGCAGCAACAACGCCCGCAACAACACCAGCACCAUCACCAUUGCCUCCAUUGGAUUCAUUGCCAAUUGAUCCAUCACCAAUACCAGAUAUAUCACCAUCACCAUCACCACUACCACCAUCUGAAACAACUGAGCCACCUUCUGAAGCUGCUGAUGCUCCUGCCCCUGCUCCACCUACUGAUGGAACAGAAGCACCACCACCAACAGCUGUUGAUGGAGAAGCACCAGCAUCAGAUGCACCACCACCAUCAUCAGAUCCAUCAGCUGAAGGACAACCACCAGCUCCAGUUGCUGAAGGUGAUCCAGCAGCUCCUCCACCAGCUACUGAUGCUCUACCAGCAGCACCACCAGCUGAAGGUGAUGCACCAGCACCAGCUCCAGCAGCACCAGAAUCAGGAGAUCCACCACCACCACCACCUGCAACACCAGCAGCAGAUGUACCAGCAACAGAAGCACCAGCUCCAGCAGCUCCAGCUCCAGAAACAGUUCCUGCACCAGCUGUUGAACCAGCAGCAUCAUAAAUUUAUUGACUUCAACAAGUUCAUCAUCAGUGUAUACUAAAUUCAAUUUUCAAUAAUAAAUAAAAAUAUUAUUAUAUACAAAAAAAAAAUGUUCUUUUUGUUUUCUAAUAUUUGAUUGAACACACACUCUGUUGAAAAAAAUAUCCAUAUGACACAUUUCAUUGUUUUGUUGUACUUUGAAUGAUAAUAAAAAUAUCUUCAUAUGAUAAAAAAAUAUAAAAAAUAGAAACGUGCUUAUCAUUGAAAUGGCAUUGAAUGAAACAUAACUACAUUAUGCAAAAAAGUUUUAUUUCUUUUUUUUUUUUAAUCAAUAAUAAUUAUCAAUUAGUUCAUGAUAAAUUUAAAUAAUAAUAUUUAAUUAUUCUAUUUUUAAUAAACAUGUUAAUAUUAUUAUUUAAAAAAUAUUGAAAAAUUGGAAACUUUAUAAAUGUUACUGACGAAAUUUUCGCAUAAUCAUUGAUUGGAAAAAGAAAAAAAAA